AUGCUGGAAGACCUCCACGACGAAUAUCUCUUCCCCAUCUUCGAAAACCUCGCUGAGCUCCCCUUCCCGGCGUCCUCAACCUCCUCGAACCCGGACUCCACGCAAUCAGAUCCAGAUCCCACAGCAACAGCAGAAUGGUGCGUCGUCGCCGGAAUAGACCAUGUCGUCCAGCUAGCGGACGGGUCCACGAGCCUCACAAUCGGCGAUGAAACGAGAGAUCAGGCGCAGGUUAUCCUUAACCCGGACGGGGAGUCUUCCGACGCAAAUGCCGAUGCCGAUGCAAGGCGCUGGAUCUCAGAGCUACACACGCUUCGCCCGGAAGAUGAGUUGACUAUCCUCCUGCUGGGCGCGCGGAAGGAAACCCUUGAUUGUGGGAAGAUCAGGGUGCAUGUAGCGGAUUUGCGAUGCGUCAAGGUCCUUCGCAUCGGCCUCUUCUACCUCUUCGAGCUUACGGACGAACUGCGGAGAUAUACCGAUAUGUGCUAUGGGUGUGGAGAAGAAGACGGACGACCGAUGCAUUGGUGUCCGGGGUGUAAGAUGGCUUUAUUCCACAAUCGGAAGUGCCAGAAGAAUGUAGAUCAUCUACAUCGCGACAAUUGCAGGCUACUGAGGGAUGUAGACCUGCAGACUCUGCUCCGUGAGUUUCCGGAUGAUUAUCAGCAUUUCCAGGCGCCGGGGUUGAAUGUUCUGGAGACUUGGUCUGAGGAUGAAACUGAAGAUGAGGAUGAGGAUGAAGAUGAGGAUGAUGAUAAGGAUGAAGAUGAGGAUGAUGAUGAGGAUAAAGAUCAGGAUGAAGAUGAGGAUGAAGAGGAAGAUGAAGAUGAGGAUGAGGAUGAGGAUAAAGAUGAAGAUGACGAUGAAGAUGAGGAUGAGGAUAAAGAUGAGGAUGAGGAUGAUGAGGAGGAUGAAGAUGAAGAUGAAGAUGAAGAUGAAGAUGAAGAGAAGCAGCAUAAUUAUGCAUAG